AUGGACUCUGCUGAAGAUAUUUUCGAUUCAUCGCUAAAUCUAGAAGAAACCCAUUACCAAGAAGGUUACAAAGAAGGCUACAACCACGGCGUAACGACCGGCAAGGAAGAGGGACAGGAAGUGGGUCUUAAAACUGGCUUCGAAACAGGAGAAGAGCUCGGUUUCUACAAGGGCUGUGUCGAUGUGUGGAACUCUGCCAUCCAAAUCGAUCCAACCCGCUUCUCCAAUCGGGUUCAAAAGGGGAUUAAGCAAAUGCAGGAACUAAUCCUGAAGUACCCUGCUAUGGAUCCCGAAGACGAAAGCGUCCAAGAAAUUAUGGAAGCUUUGAGGCUUAAGUUUAGGGUUAUCCGUGCAGCCUUGGGUGUUAAAUUGGAAUAUCUUGGAUACCCAAAACCUAAAGACAUCGAAUUUUGAUUUCAGCUACUUUAUUUUAGGUAUUUUACUCCUUACGCUGGGUAUCAGAUGCGAUGCUCUUUGUAUUUUUUUUAAAAAUUUGGUAGUGUUAUAUUUUGGUGUAGUUUUAAAGUUUCAAGCUUGAUCUGUUUCUCAAUUGAGUUUGCAUUUUUUCUUUUUUGAAUUUGUUUGUAAAUUUUAGGCAAUUUUAUAGUAGUUGAUUGCUCGACGGCUGGUCCCCACUCCUCACUUAAACCGUGGCUGAACAAUUGCCUUUUAUCUCAUUUCAUUAUCGCUAUCUACUCCCUUAAUUUUUGGGCAGAUCUUAAGCAAGUAGAAAGAGGAGGAGGA